GUGCCUUAGCGAAGGUACUUAUAUAUUAUUAUCUCUAUAGUUAAUGAUUAUUAUGUGUAUUUUAUAUGGUACGACGAAAUUACUGCUACUACAGAUUUGAUUAAAAUUAAACGCUGCUACCUUGUAGUUUGUACCUACUACCUAUUUACUGGCUGCUUAAUGAGUUAUGACUACCGGUUGUUACAAAAUAAAGUGAAAAUAUGUGUUAACAGUACAAUAUUUAUUGCUKAGUAUUAUUCACUAUUUAACAUUUUAACCAAAGUUUAAAAGUUUCUAUAUUUUGCUGACCAUGUAUUAAUUAAACACUAACGAGUUCUUGACAAUUAAUUACUUGAAAACAUGUCAUGGCUCAUAGACUUGGCCGGUAAAGCGGAACAUUACCUGGAUAAAAUCGACCAGAACACAGCGGUAGUUUUACAACAUCAAAAGGAAAAGCCACUGAAAGACGUUUUCAAAACACCAGUAUCAGAAAAUGUGUCAGUUGAAAUCGAAAAUAAACCCAUUACGUCGGUUCCUAGUUCACCUGCCACAAAGUCAUUACUAAAGAAGCCUAAAAGUGAUUCUCGCAUAUCCGAUGAGCACCUAUUGCAGUAUUUAAACAGUCAAGAUUCGACAAUCCAAUCUCAAUAUGAGGGUCAAUCUACUACUUAUCUUGAUAAUUCAAUUGAUCCAGUAUCCAAACCGUUGACCGAGGAAAAUUACAUGUUGAAAAAUGAAAUAAGAACGUUAAAUAAUGAAAUGUCCUUAUUGCAAUAUAAAUUGAAAACUGCAGAUAAAG